CUUGACUCUGUAGAUACACUCAUACAUACAGCUUCACCUGAAGAGUCUACAGUAUUCAGUGAGCACGUGAGGAAGACACAUCUUCAUCUAAACAACUGUAGCCAUGGUGUCAGCUGACAGUCUAUGGUCAUAUUUAUUAGAGGUAAUCCUGUCACAUCUUGCCCUAACCUGUGCUUUACUUGUGGCUGCUGUCGCUGCCGUCCGCUGGUACAUUAGAGACUCCUACAAGGUCGACGGCUUCCACCAGAAGCACGUGUUCAUCACAGGCUGUGACAGCGGCUUCGGGAAUCUGCUGGCCAGGCAGCUGGAUGGAAAAGGUUUCCGCGUCAUAGCAGCAUGUCUGACAGAGAAAGGUGCAGCAGAUUUGGCAGCAGCAACCUCCCCCAGACUGAAGACCCUCCUGCUGAAUGUUACAGACGGCGCGAGCAUCAGGGGAGCGGUGGAGAUGGUGAGCAGAGAGGUCGGCGAGCGAGGUCUGUGGGGUCUGGUGAACAAUGCUGGCAGGUCCACACCCAUCGGUCCAACAGAAUGGAUGCAGCUGGAGGAUUUCACAAAGGUUCUGGAUGUGAAUCUGAUCGGACUUAUUGACGUGACCCUCCAGUUUCUGCCGCUGCUGAAGAAGGCCCAGGGCAGGGUGGUUAAUGUGGCCAGUUUUCUGGGCAGACUGUCUCUCACUGGUGGAGGAUACUGCCUGUCCAAAUAUGGAGUGGAAGCCUUCUCCGACUCCCUCAGGAGGAACAUGCAACCUUUUGGCAUCAAAGUGAGCAUUAUUGAGCCUGGUUUCUUUAAGACAGCUGUUACCCGGCUGGAUCUCAUCGACGCUGACCUCAGGAGGCUGUGGGGUCGCCUCCCACAGGAUGUCAAAGACAGCUAUGGACCCACAUACUUUGAUGACUAUGUGAAAGCUCAAGACUUCUCCAUGGGCAUCUUGUGUAGUCCGGAUAUCUCCAAGGUGACCAGGUGUAUGGAGCACGCGCUGACAGCUCGCUUCCCGCGCACACGCUAUACUGCAGGCUGGGACGCCAAGCUUUUCUGGAUCCCUCUGUCCUACCUCCCCUCGUUUGUGUCAGACUUUGUCGUAGGGGUGCUUCUUCCAUCACCUAAAGGUGACAGAAACUAAACCACUGCCGCCGUGACACGGGUGGGUUUUUUCUGUCU